ACUCGGUGUCUUCCGCCGUCAGAAGCUGGGGCUGCAUGUGCAGCUGUGAGGAGCCCCGCAGGGGUUGGGGGCGCUGUGCCCCCAGCCCCAUGCUCCUCCUGAGUCUUCUUCUGUCUGCAGCCCCGCUUGGCCUGCGGGGGGAGGACGCCCGCCAGGUGUCUCUGGAGGUCAUUCCCGACCCUACAGGGCCCCCCGAGAACCUGCUUCAUAUCCGGGCAGUGGGCUCCAACUCCACCCUGCACUACGUGUGGAGCAGCCUGGGGCCCCCAGCAGUGGUCCUGGUGGCCACCAACACCUCCCACAGCACCCUGAGUGUCAACUGGAGCUGUCUGCUGUCCCCUGAGCCCGCCGGGGGCCUGGUGGUGCACCCCGAGGACAGUGUCCAGUUUUCUUCUGCCCUUGUCUUUACCAGGCUGUUUGAGUUUGACAGCACCAACACGUCCGAUGAGGCGGCUGAGCCUCCGGGAAAACCAUACCCCCCUUACUCCUUGGCCGAGUGGUCCUGGAACAACGUCACCGACUCACUGGAUCCUGCCACCCUGAGCACCACAUUUCGAGGCCACCCCAUUCAUGACCCCAUCGGGGCUUUUGCCAAUGGCAGCCUGGCUUUCAGGGUGCAAGCCUUCUCCGGAUCCGGCCGGCCGGCCCAGCCCCCUCGCCUCCUGCACACGGCAGACACCUGCCAGCUAGAAGUGGCCCUGGUCGGGGCCGUUCCCCGCGGAAACCGCUCCCUGUUCCGGCUGGAGGUAGCCACCCUGGGCCAGGGCCCUGACUGCCCCUCCCUGCGGGAGCAUCACUCCAUUGAUGAUGAAUACGCACCUGCAGUCUUCCAGUUGGACCAGCUGCUCUGGGGCUCCCUGCCAUCAGGCUUCAUGCAGUGGCGGCCAGUGGCUUUCUCCCAGAAGCAGGGGGGCCGAGAAUCAUCCCUGCCCUGCCAAGUUUCCCCUCUUUACCCCACCUUGGCGUACCUUCCCCAGUCACCCAUUGUCCGAGCCUUCUUUGGGUCCCAGAACAACUUCUGUGCCUUUAACCUGACAUUUGGGACUUCUGCAGGUCCUGGCUACUGGGACCAACACUACCUCAGCUGGUCGAUGCUCCUGGGUGUGGGUUUCCCUCCCAUGGAUGCUUUGUCCCCGUUAGUCCUGGGCAUCAUGGCGGUGGCCCUGGGGGCUCCAGGGCUCGUGCUGCUGGCAGGGGGCCUGUUUCUGCUGCUGGGCCCCAAGCGGUACUCAGAAUAUCAACCCAUAAAUUGAGGCUCACUCUCUGGAGAGAAGGACAUUACUGGACCUGCCUUGCUGUGCCUCAAACCUCUGCCAGUUUGAGGGUCAGUGUUCCCAGCCAGGUAUUCCCUCCUCCCAUCAUGCUUUUCUGCAGAACCUCAGAGAUUAGCCUCAAAUCCUGAGACCACCAGGCGGGGCUUCUUUCAUUCUCUGGAGAGGGACCAGGCACAGGGUUAUUGCUAGAGGGAGGGUGCCCUUGGAGUUGCCUCCUUGCUCCUCAGCCCCCAUUUCCCUUGGAUGGGACUCCCAAGCUGAAAUGGAAGGCCUUCUGACCGGCUAUCUGUCUGGGGGGGACUUGAAAUAGACUUAUUUCUUCCACAGG